AUGCGAGAAAAUGUGGAGUGUAGUUACGGGGAACUCUACAGUCUUAUUAGGGAUAUACAAGACGAUAGCGGAGUUCUUCAUGAACAGUUUCUGCCUCACUUCACUGCAUUGAGGGAGAGGGUGUGGUCCGUACCGCUUGUGUUCAUAUAUGGUCGAGGUACAUUGCCUUCUUCUAUACAUCCCUGGCGACUUUGCGAGGUGAGUCGAUUCUACUUCCCAGUUUAUAAUCGUCUCAAACAGGAGGGGAGUGCAGUAACUGGAAUAAUAUCAGACAGACACCCCCACACCGUCGUAGAUGAAGAACAAGAAGUCUCUGAUUCCUCUAGUGAAGAUGUUGCAAUAAUGGCAUCACGUUUAGAACUUGUUGGGACUGUAUUUUCUAUCGAAGUGUACCAAGUUGUUGCCAGAAAUGAAACAGGGUUGCAAAGCUCCCUAAAGCUUGAACAGUACAAUCAACCACUUAGCUCAUCCAUACUUCGUAUUAUUACAAACGAAGCUGGAAUUCCAGUUGAUGAAGAAAUAGCAGCACAACGUAUUUUACAAAGUUCGAAGGAUCAGUUACAAGAUAUUUUUUUCAAAACCUUUACUCCAUUGCUUGGUGCUACAUUUAAUCAGUUUGAGAAAAAAUGGUGUGACUGUGUGACUGGUACACUCUCACAUAGUGAUUUGGAGAGUGGUGGGGUAUCUUCUAAAACACGUAGUUGUAAUGAUGUGAAUGAAGAGGCAUCCCUUGUCUCACCGAAUGUUCCCUUAGAGCCCCCUCGGCAUGACGUUGAUUCUACUGUCGCUUCGGAUGCAAGAAAUAUUCGGGACCCUCUUUAUGACUCAAAUUUUCUUGAUCAAAGAAACGAAUCUUGUGUAUGUAAUAACUCUUCCAUUUCUUCAGGGACAACUUCCACAUCUACAGAUUUAUCACUUCGUUGGAGUGCACUUCUUUUCCUUUUUGAACAAGAGGAACGCUACCGUUUUGACGUUGUAGGCGCCUGGGCACGCUGGACCGAUGGAUGGGAUGAGGUUAGUCGCUUUGCUGUGGUGAACUCUAUAGAUGAUAUCAUAUCUUCCCUCGGCGGUUCACGCGAAGCGGCGCAUGUUUCCACUGCAUAUCUUGAUGUUUUUCUCUGUCGUUCACAGAAUGUGGUUCGUGACUCUACAUAUUUCAGUGGGGUUCUUCUUGCUUGUGCCAUGUUAGGUUGUAAACAAGUAGAUCGUUUCUUUCCUCCUAUUAAAUCAUUUCUGCGCUGUCUUCGACCGGAGUCCCGUAUUACAGAAAUGGACUUUCUUCGUUACGAGAUGCACGUACUUGAGACCCUGGAUUUUCGCCUCCAGCCCGUUACAACAUUAGAGAUUGUCGAAAUGUUGCUGCACCUCUGUAGUGGACCGGCUAUUCAGCGCACCAUGGAGGCCGUUCAGCGCCGCAGUGCUCUCAAGCGAUGGGAAUGCCCUCUCUCUACUACUACUACCACUAACACCACCACAACUUUUCUCCCCUAUAGUAGUAAUAGUAAUAGUGAUGGUAGUGGACCGGAGGGGGGCGUGGAGGGGCUGCGGUGGGCGGACGUCCAGCGGGUGUCGCGGCUUCUCGCCGACGUGAUGCUCCGCGAGUCGCGAGCGUCCGCCCACCGCCCGCCGGCCCUCGCGCUCGCGAUUGUCGCCGCCGCCGCCGCCGCCGCCCACUGGACGCUCCCCGCGUCUCUUCGCGCUCUUCUCCCGCAGAACUCCACAACAGACACACACCACAAUGUUAAUAAUGACAGUAGUUGUAGCAGCGGGAUUGAAAGUGGCUUUGAACCGGAUGCAGAGAGCAGCGAAUUGCUGCGGCGCUACGCCGACGCCCUGCGCACUCACGGAGUUGUACCGCUCCUGCCAGCUGCCAUUGAACUCGUGCAGGAGUGGUGUAACGCAACAACGCGGCGUCCACUCGACGGGGUACUCCGGCGACGGUACAAUAUUAACGGCGGCUCAGACAUAGCUGAAACAACUUGCUAG